GAAAAACGUGGUCGGUGAAAGGAAACAAAUGUAUAAAGGCGAGUUCUCAAAGCGGAGAACUUCCCCUUUCUCUCCUCAUUCUCGAUCGCUUCUCGACCUUCAAAACCCUAGCCCACACAUCAAGGGCGACGCCUCUCCCGCGUUUGCUUGGAGAAAUUCCAGGGGUUGUACUGUUAGGUAAAAGGCUUCUAAAUAUCCCGAAGACACAACAUGAGCGCACUGGGGCCGACAAGGAGAUCGAUGAAGAGGCGUGGUCGCGAAAUUCCGCUUGGAAAGGAGGUAUUUGAUUUGGACUUGAAUUCUCUGCCGGUUGAGAUUGCUGAUGCGACUUCAGCUUCCAAUGUGGGGCUGAAUCGUGCGCCCAUCGAUGUUGAUGCUAUUGAAGAUGAAGUUCAGUUGCUCUCCUCCUCAAGAGGGGUUCCCCAAACAAGGGCCCGGAGUAGACGGGAACACCCUGCGACAAUAAUUUUAGAUGAUGACUCAGAAUCAGGCGUCUCUAUCAGAAACAAUGAAUCUAGGACGGCUCCACUGAAUAGGACUGGCACAAAUUAUGAUGUUUAUCAAGAUUUGGAAGGAGGCUACAGUGCCAAGAAAAAAGAUGUGGUGAAAAGUAAUCCGGGGCCCGUUGUCAAGGAGGUUCCGAAGGAACCCACAUUCACCUGUCCUGUAUGUAUGAACACGAUGGUCGAGCCGUCAUCAACUAUUUGCGGCCAUGUUUUCUGUAAGGGCUGCAUCAAGGCCGCAAUUCAGGUUCAGAAGAGAUGCCCCAAUUGUAGAAGGAAGCUUACCGUGAACAACUUCCAUAGGGUUUACCUCCCAAAUUCUGAAUGAGGAAGAUGGAUAUUUUGGUCGCUUUUUCUCUGCGCAUCUGUUUCGCUCGCUUUAAGUCUUAAUAACUGCCUAUUUUGGGUCACAUUCGCAGUCCUUUUUUUCUUUUUUACUUCCAAUAUUUUCGCUCUCUGUUGACAAUUGCUAGUUCUUGUGAUUCGACAAACUUGUGUUGUAUAUGUGUUUAAAGAAUCAUCUUUCUGUUUCUGCUGCUGUACCAAAUGCAAGUUUUUUAGUAACAUUAUGUUAGUGAAAUAGUGGGAUAUGUGAAGAUCA